UAGUUGUGACUGAAACUUGCUCAGUGCUAUGAGUGCGACUCCGGAGUGCACAGAAAGGCUGCAGAUAGCUUUUUUUUUUUUUUUGUGCUAAUUUUCAUUUUGCUUGUCCUUUAGGCCAUGUAUAUCUAUUCUUGGUAAGGUGGUGAAAAAGAAAAUACCAAGAUGAGUAAAAAGCCUCCAAAUCGUCCUGGAAUCACAUUUGAGAUUGGUGCUCGUUUGGAAGCACUGGACUAUUUACAAAAAUGGUAUCCAUCUCGUAUUGAGAAGAUAGAUUAUGAAGAGGGGAAGAUGUUGGUCCAUUUUGAACGCUGGAGUCAUCGCUACGAUGAGUGGAUUUACUGGGACAGCAAUAGAUUGCGACCUUUGGAGCGACCAGCAUUAAGGAAAGAGGGCCUAAAAGAUGAUGAAGAAUUUGUUGAUUUUAAACCUGGAGAGGAAGUCCUAGCUCGUUGGACAGACUGUCGAUAUUACCCUGCAAAGAUCGAAGCCAUUAAUAAAGAAGGAACGUUCACAGUACAGUUCUAUGAUGGUGUCAUUCGAUGUCUUAAAAGGAUGCAUAUCAAAUCUAUGCCAGAGGAUGCAAAAGGGCAGGCGCGCGAGAGGGAGCAGAUAGCGCCGGAGCUGAGAUUAGUGACGGAAAUCGAACCAAAAGAAGAUUGGAUAGCUUUGGUCAAAGCUGCUGCAGCAGCAGCAGCCAAGAACAAAGCAGGAAGUAAACCCAGAACCAGCGCAAACAGCAAUAAGGAUAAAGAGGACAGAAAAUGGCUAAAAGUCCCUUCAAAAAAGGAAGAAACCUCAACCUCUACAAUCAUGCAGGAUGUCCAGAAAAAGGAAGAGGAGCCUACAUCUAGUGAAACAUUUGAUGUAGGGUUUCCUGUAGUGGAUGUUCCAAAGAUGGCCUUUGUGCAGGCAGAGAGCACGUUAUCACACAAGAGGAAAAGUAAUCUAGGCAACUCAUUUCAGGCCAAGAGAGCUCGUCUUAACAAGAUCACUGGUUUAUUGGCAUCCAAAGCUGUUGUUGCGGAUGGUGCUGAAAAAAAGGAAGGCAACAAAGAAACAGCUCCAGUCCUGGAGCAGGAGAUUUCACCUAAACCACAAAGUCAGAAAAAAAAUGAAGCUGAUAUUAGCAGUUCUGCCAACAUUCAGAAACCUGCACUGUUAUCCUCAACUUUGUCUUCAGGAAAGGCUCGCAGCAAGAAAUGCAAACAAGAAUCUGGAGAUUCUUCUGGGUGUAUAAAGCCCCCUAAAUCACCACUUUCCCCAGAAUUAAUACAAGUCGAGGAUUUGACGCUGGUCUCUCAGCUUCCUUCUUCUGUGAUUAAUAAAACUAGUCCAUCACAGCCAGUGAAUUCCCCUAGAUCCUACAAACAUAGCCAGCGGAGAAGAAGAUCACAGCGUUUAGCCACUUGCUCCUUGCCUGAUGAUUCUGUAGAAAAAGUUUCUUCUCCCUCUUCAGUUACUGAUGGAAAAGUGUUCUCCAUCAGUGGUCAAAACCAACAGUCAUCAAAAUUGGAGGUACCUGAUGUUGCUCAUAUGUCACUUGAGAAGCGUGGAACAUGUCUCCCUCUUGAUUUAAGCCGUAGUUCGGAAGUUACAGCGCCAUUAUCCACAGAAUCCACUUUCUGUAAUGAAUAUCCCAGUAAAGACAAGGAAGAUUUUCAGAUGGUUACAUAUCUUUCUUCUAAAGCAGUAACUGAUGGAAGAGUAGCUACAACAGCGUCAGGUGCAGCAAAAGUGGAAAGAAAAGGAAAACUGGAAGAGAAAAGUUCUUCAGCGUAUGGUAAAAAGAAAGAAAAAGAAAAGGAGAAAAAAGAGAAAAAGGAAAAAGAUCAUAAACCAAAACAGAAAAAGAAGAAGAAAAAAAAGAAGAAAUCUAAGCAGCAUGAUUAUUCAGAUUAUGAAGACAGUUCUGUUGAAUUCUUGGACAGGUGCUCCUCUCCCUUAACCCGGUCGUCGGGCAGCUCCCUGACUUUGCGCAGCAUGUUCUCGGAUAAGAACACAACCUACCAGUAUCCAAGAGCUAUUUUGUCUGUUGACCUUAGUGGAGAAAACCUUUCAGAUGUGGAGUUCUUGGACGAUUCUUCCACAGAGAGUUUGUUACUUAGUGGUGAUGAAUACAAUCAGGAUUUUGAUUCAACUAACUUUGAAGAGUCUCAGGAUGAAGAUGAUGCUCUCAAUGAAAUUGUUAGAUGCAUUUGUGAACUGGAUGAAGAAAAUGGCUUUAUGAUUCAGUGUGAAGAAUGCUUGUGUUGGCAGCACAGUGUAUGCAUGGGACUGUUGGAGGACAGCAUUCCAGAUCAGUACAUCUGUUACAUCUGCAGAGAUCCACCAGGACAGAGGUGGAGUGCCAAAUAUCUUUAUGAUAAAGACUGGCUAAACAAUGGACACAUGUGUGGAUUAUCAUUUUUGAAAGAAAACUACUCUCAUCUUAAUGCCAAAAAGAUUGUGUCAACACAUCACCUACUGGCAGAUGUUUAUGGUGUCACUGAAAUACUGCAUGGGUUGCAGUUGAAGAUCGGGAUAUUAAAAAAUAAACAUCACCCAGACCUUCAUCUCUGGGCUUAUUCAGGGAUGCGAAAAGAACAAGAACAAAGAACUGUUGGGGUAGAGAAAAAAUUAGUAACUUUACAGGAUGCUGUUAAUCCAGCUGAAAGGACGUGUCAUAGUCAAAACCAUAAAGAACCACCCAGUAUACCCCUGAAGAUGGAAGAAACAUACAUCACAAGUGAGCACAGUUACCAAAAACCACAGAGUUUUAGUCAAGACUACAAAGCAGUCACUGACCCUAUGAGCUCAGAUGAUGAAGACACAAGUAGUUUUGAGGAAGAUCAGGAAUUUCACACAGAGAAUAAAAACUGUUUACAAUAUUCUUUUAAAGAUGGUGGCAUGAGUGAGCAGAAGAAUUCUGCUGAAGGAAACACAGUGUUUGUUUGUAAUGAAAGAAAAGGCUCAGAAGAACAAGUGGACACACAUCUUCAAUGGCAGCUAAAUCUCCUUACCCACAUAGAGAAUGUACAGAACGAAGUCACCAGCAGAAUGGACCUGAUUGAAAAAGAAGUUGAUGUUUUAGAAAGCUGGCUUGAUUUCACUGGAGAACUGGAACCACCAGAUCCUCUGGCAAGAUUGCCUCAGCUCAAGCGACGUAUCAAACAGCUCUUAAUUGACAUGGGGAAAGUACAGCAAAUAGCAACGCUUUGCUCUGUAUGACAAAAGGAAGAAUAAAGAAAUAAAAAUAGGUUCUUUACAGUGAAUUUUCUUACUAGCCACAAGACUGACAGGAAGGCAGCGAAAAGCUGAGCAUUUAUCUGGUUCUUUGCUGAUUGCGUUAAUAGUCUGAAGCUUUAGAAAGAGGAGAGGAAGUUUAGAGUCAGGGAUCUGUUAUAUUGAAAAUAUUAAAAUUUUCAAUGGUGUAUGAUAUACUGAGAAAUAUCAAUGUCUCAGGAUUUCAACAUGUUAAACAAGUAAAUCCCCGUAUACAAGAAAAUUGAACAAAGAAAAACUCUGCAAAGAGCUACUAUUUUUAAACCUUUGGCAAACAUUUCUAAAUUAGCAGAAUUCAGCUGACUAAAAAUUCAAUCCUCUUAUCUUACUAGUGAAAGAUAGACACAGAGAGAUCUGUAUUCUCUCUACAAGGAAAGUUUUUAGAUUAUUUUCUUCUCUCAUGAGGUUCAGGAAGAUGAACAUACUAGCUUUGAUUUUUGAAAGAAAUUACUUAUCAUGGUUUCCUUUUGAAAAUAUUUUUUUACAUAGAAAUCCCUAGAACAGCACCCCUAGGCUCCUUUAAAACAUAAGUGGCAAAUACUGGUCAGAUGUGCCAAAUGAUAUUAAAACCACUGGAAUGAGAGUUCGAUUAUGACUUACGUGAAGGUUUUUUUCCAAAGUCCUACUCAGUGCCAGCAAUCCAUCCAAAAUUGUAUCUAGUUUAUAUUUUUUUAUGUUCUACUGCAGUAUUCAGGAGUCAAGGUACAGAUUUUGUCCUGGGUAGCUCUAUUCUGGUAUUGGCCCUCUGAAAACUUCACCAUCCUCAGCUGGGAUGAGGAAUGACGAGAGCAGCAAAACUGUCUGUGGCUGUGAAAAUUCUAAACCACUGGAGAAAAUAUCACAAGAUACCUUAUCCAAGAUGUUUUUUUAUAAAAUCUUUCAGCUUCAGUAAACGACAUGUCAUGAAACCAAAGGCAGCCUACUUGCUCUGUUAGCUCUUGCUGGAUUUUGAGCCCAGGACUUUUCCUGUGGUUAUAAGUUGCCGCUGGAUCCAGUGCUACUUACACGUCUGUGUGUGUAUGUAUGUGUGGACAGACACACAUGUACAUAUAUACAUACUAUAUACAUUUCUAUCUACACAUGUCUAGUUUUAGUACAAUAGACUAUAAGAACUGGUGGUUCAUGUUACCUUUUAACAAGCAGUUUCUAAAAUUGAAAAUAAUGUAUGUACAGGUUUUGAAAUUUGUAAAAUAUGACUGUUAAAAGGAGGCUAUUUAACUGAGGACAUUAAGAUACUUGAACAUUUUAUGCCUCACAUCUGUUUAUCAGUUCUAGUUAUCUGUAUAAAUGCAUUUUAGAACCGAUAGACAGUAAACUUGAAUUUACCUUUUGAUAAGAGUACAAGCCACUGUACAUUCAAAAAUUAUUUAAAUUUGCAAACACACUGUUCUAUAUGUAAGGUACUGUAUGUAAAACUGUUUAUUAAAACUAUUCUGCAUAUUCUACAUUUUCCACUUUUCUUCCUGAUCUACAUAUAAAUGUAAAAAAGAAGUGAUUGUUAUUAUGUACAGACCAUCAAAAAAUCUUGGAAUGCCUUUUAAGGAUACAUACAAUUGAAAAAUGUGCCAAAGAUGGAUUAUCUGGGAAAGACUUUGCAACCAUUGCAUUGAACUUUCAUGAUAAAACCAUUAUUGAGAAAGAAAACAGCGUGACUGGUUCAUUGCUAAAAUAAACCUACCCUGACCUUUCCUGUUUGUCUAUCAUAUCUGAAGUGAGUUAUCACUCCUGAUGGCCAAAGCAAAAUGUAAAUCCCUAUUACAGAAUGGUUGCUAUUUAAAAAAUCUUCCCACAUCAAGCUUGUAGGAGACAUCACAGGGCUGCGUGGUAACAUGGAAAUAUGGAAUGGUUGGCAGCUCCAUAUUGCAGAAGGAACAUAAGAGCUGAGGAGCUGUUGAUGUUUCAUAGCAACUGUUAAUAAAUAAAAUAACUCUGUGUUAUAUAGUUGAUGCUUAAAUAACUGCUUCAAACAAUAUGAAUAAUUGAGUGACCUACUUGCUUUUGGAUAUGCGAGACUUUUUGUAUACUAUUCACUUGCUGCAUAUCCUUGAAUGUGGUACUGUGUGUACUGUAUAAGAGAAAUGUAAAUCCAGAUGAGUUACUUUGAAACAAAGUGGAGUGUAUUUACAGAAUUUAUACAGCAUACACUGUAGCACUGUUAUGGAGUGUGUGUGCACGCAUGUGAUGUAAUAUAAUUGUAAAUGUUACUGAAGGUGGAGGUGGACUUAGAUUUCAGUGGAGAGGACAGAGGUUUUACUUUUAGUGCAAAGAUGGAGGAAUAGUAUCCUGAAAAGGAAGUACUAAGGUCGAAGUUGAAGUUGCACUUGCAGCUUUAAUGUGUCUUCUGUUUGUAUGUGUAAUGGCCUCUUAAUUUACAUGAAUAUGUAAUUUUAUCCCUCAAGAUCCUGCCUUGUUCAGGAUGGACUGUGCUUACAAAAACAAUCUGUUCAGUAUUUUUUUAAUCUUCAUUGUGUAGUCAUGUAUUGUAAAAAUUUCUGCAAGCAUUCAUAUCUUCUAGGAAAUACAAUCUCAGUGUCCAUAUGGACCAUGCUGUGAUACAUCGUGUACUGCUCAAAUGCUUCACAAACUUGUCUGAGUUUGCUUUCUCAAGUUGUGGUGCUGGUCUGUAACAUGUGAACUUUAGUUUUUGGCCCCUGUUUCUCAAGUGUUCAGAGGUUUGGGAUGCUUUUGAGGUUUUUUUCUUUCAAACACUUACAAGUCAAGUGCCAUAAAAAUACUAAGUGUUUUGCACAAAAUGUAACCUAUAGUUGAUUGCUUUUCUUGUGUGCCAGUCAACCCUGAUGUGAUCUGGCUCUUACCAGUAUUUCUUCCUAGUUGGCCUUAUCAAGAGAUUUUUUUUCCUGUAGGCAUCAUUUUCCAUCGGUCUUCCUGCCUCCUCCUAAAUAAGCCAGGGACCUACGUUCAGUCUUUUUGUGGCGUUUUUUUCGGGGUAUGAGUUGCAACUGUGCUGUUUGCUGGAGAGGGCAUACCCUCUCUGUGGCAAAAAUAGUAUGUGGCAGUGUAAGGACUGUUUUAUAUACGUGCACAGAGAGGUAAAAUGUUUAAAUUUACAGCCCUCUUUGACUGAAUAGAAGUCCUAAAUAGUAACAGACAAAAGGGAAAAGCCAUUGUACAGAAGCCUCUUGUGAUUUCACAGGGCUAAGUGGCAUAGUUGUAGAGCCCUUGAAUGCCCAGCUUCUUGUCUGAGGAUUGGUGUUUUUGGGGGGUUUUUGUUUUUUUUUUUCUUUAAUGGAGUUAUCGAGGUGAUUUGUUUCAAAGCCUGCUCCUACCUGUGACCAAACUGUAGGCAUCUGCAUCAGGAACUGUGUGUUUUAAUUGCAGUCACUAAUGAAACAUAGUCUUGGUGGUGUAAUCUGGGACAACAUGAUGGGGCUGCCACAUUCUGCUUACAAAACUGAGGUACUUCAGGUCAUAUGGCAGGGAAUGGAUUGGAAGAUGCUUCCUGCUAACCUUUUCUUGGGUAGCUGUAAGUUGAGUAGUGCCCAUAUUUUGGAUAUUCUGGCCUUAGCUGCACAGAUCUUUGUUUAGCAGUGGACUGAUUUACAGCAGCAGAAGCCUGUCAACCUCUUUCAAAGAGACAAAGAAGGUGGGUUGCAAUUUUCUGAUAGAUUUCUCGUAUUUGCUGGGUGGCAGAGAAUUGAGACAGUUCUUCCAUGGGUGGAGUCUUCUUGUACAUCCACCUGUCUCUCUUAAUUUUGUCUCUGAGCUUCUGCAUGUGCUUCUCAUCUGCUUGUUCUGCAGAUUGCAUCGGUUCCUCUUGUUCUUCAGCUUUCUGUGUCUGACUUCUGUGGUGCCUGGAGGGCUUCAUUCCUCUGUUCUCAUGCCCAGUUCCUCUGCCUACUGUGGGAAGCAGUCAUGGGGAGGGGUCUCCUCUGCUGUUCUGUCCUCAGCCUCCAGUGUGUCCUAGGACUUGUGUGUACCUAGGAGUGUGUGUACCAUGAUCAAAAUCUCAACUGUUUCUGCUGCCUUCCUUAAAUAAGCCUCUUCUAUCUUGUGCAAGUGCUGAUCUCCCUCUGCUCCCAUCUGGCUUCUAACUAGACUUGAAUUAAUAUUACAGCAAAACCCCUCUGGCACUGCUGGGCUCCAGCACUCCUUACCAAACUGAGAGUUGGGAUGUAAAGGAGUUGUUCAAACAUUACAGUAGAACUAUAGAAUAAUUUUGAUGUUUGCAGACCACAGCAUUUUUCCUUUGUAUUUGAAGGGAAACUGCAACCGUUUUUCUUCACUGGAACUUUAAAAGGCACAAAACAGAUCCUGAACCGAACUGGAGCUUGAUGUAAAAAUCAACAAGUAGAGGGUGGGAAGGACUCUGGAGGCAGGGGCUUCAUAGCCAGAAGAGCAGUCAGGCCCUCCUGACUGCCUUGCCCGGUUAGUGGCUCUGUGGAGGUGCUGAUGUGUAAGGGGGGAUGUGUGCAGUGAUGCCGUUCGAUUGCAAACAGGAUGGUUUAGAACACUGGAACUGUAGGUUUUCUCGCUGCUGCUUUAAAAUGUUGCAGUAUAUGAACCUUAAUUUUGGAGUGCUUAUUGAAGUCAGAGGCUUAAUGACUUUUGAAAUGCCCAUUGCUAUUCUCACAUUUUAUUAGCUGACCAUCUUUUUCUGUUGUACUGAUUCCAUAUGGCUUUAGGUGAGCAUUUUGCAGAGGCCAUUUGAAAUGCUUCAUUAAUGGUUUCUGUUGUACUUUGUUAUGUCCUGGGCACUGGGUUUGGGGGGAGUCUGUCUUUAGCAAUAAAUAUUAUACACUAUGUGUAUAUCUGUUUAUAUAUGGAAAACAAAUACAGAGCAUGUAACGAUGGUGAAAAUACACUGCACGGAGUGCAGAUUGUGCAUUUGGCAGCCAUUCUGCACCAGCCUGAACGACUCUUGAAAAAUUGGAGACCAUGUGGAGAAAACGAACUAGCGUGUAAAGAAUCAUUCAGGACUGAAUUUCCCUUUCCAUCACACUUGGCCUGUGUGUAAGCAGUGGAUAAGCCAGCCCUACUCUGUGGGUUGGAUAACUAAAGCUAGUUCAGUUGCUGUUUGCUUCAAACAGCAGCCUUCCUUAAAACUGGCCGGAGCCUCGUCUGUUCAGCUGUAGCUCGUUCAUCAGUGUAUUGUCACUAAACACUCUGAGAGAGGCAGCACUGCACUAUGAUUAAAUCUUCUAUGAGAGAAGCAAAAUACUUCUGUGAUUUGUUUUUUAUAAUAGCAAUAAUGUUGACUGCAUUCUAAUACUCACAAUAAAGGUCUGUUGAGAUUGUUAUGUGCCUGGGCUCCCA